UUCUUCUGGCAUCUCGCCUCUCAUGAAAAUUAUUCCGGGCGAGUCUUUGGUUUGAGUGGUGGUGGUGUAUUUGUUUAUUAUUUCAUCGUCUCCCAUUUCAGUUUUAUCAUUCUUUUCUAAAAAUAAAAAUGUAAACACACGACAAAGCAACGUCUCGAAGAUAAGAAAUAAAAAAUGCAAAGAAAAAAAUUCUACACAUAUAGAAGAUGAAGUUGUUUGUUUUGGGAAACUGUUUUAUCAGUAUUUUGCGUAGCUCAAAUCAGAAGGAAGUGUGUCGUGUCUCUGUUUGCGGUUGAAGUUGUGAAGUUCUUUUAUUCCAUUAUAUCUUAAGCCAUAUCGGUAAAAAAGUUAAAAUAGAUAAUUGAACUCAAAACCUCUGUUAUCAGUCAUUCGAGAAGUAGCAAAACAAACACGUUGGCUCGCAGUGCUCUAGUUCAUCUGCCAAAGUGGCACUUUGUCUGCCGUCGAAUCGAGCAGUCAUACAUCUUUUCAGAACGACGAUUCAGUUCACAGUGCAGUGGCGGUAAAGUGUGUCCAGUUAUUUAGCUGAAGUUGUGUUUUUUUAUUCCCAGUUUGACAGCUAAUAAACGUCAAUAAUUAUGAGUGGAAAUACUGCCACCUGUGUGCCAGUAAAGGAAUUGUCCGAAUCGCAUGGUUGUUAUUCUCGACUGCAAGAACUACGGAAAUUCUAUGUAAAAGAAUUUGACGAAGAACCAAGGUUCUAUGUUCGAGUUCCAGGGAGAGUUAACAUAAUUGGAGAGCAUGUAGAUUACUGCGGAUAUCCGGUUUUACCGAUGGCAAUCGAGCAAUCUAUACUUCUCGCAGUUGGCUAUACCAGAGCGAAUAACUUUUUGUACUUGCGAAACAUUGAUGUAAAUUUUGAUAACUACAAAUGUGACCUAAAAUCAUUCAGAAUUGAUAUCCCUGAAAAAGGUGGUCCAGAAUGGUAUAAAUACUUCUUAUGUGGAGUAAAGGGUAUUUUUGAAAAUAUCAAUGAACAAGACCAAGGCUGCAUUGCUAUGACAGUUGCAUUAAGUGGGAACAUUCCCCAUGGCUCAGGACUCUCAAGCUCAAGUGCACUCGUAAGUUCUGCUACUCUUGCAACUUCUUUCGCAUACAAAGCCUCCUUGGACCGUAAAACGCUUGCAUCUAUAUCAGCAAGUUGCGAACGUUAUAUUGGAACUCAAGGUGGAGGAAUGGAUCAGGCAAUUGCAUUCCUUGCUGAAGCUGGUUGUGCACAAUUCAUUGAAUUUUAUCCUGAAUUAAAAACGUCAUCAAUACAAUUGCCAGAAAAUGCGUGUUUUGUUGUUGCCAACAGUCUUGCCGAAAUCAAUAAAGCUGCUUCAUCGGAUUUCAAUGAGAGGGUCGUAGAGUGUCGUUUGAGUUGUCGCAUCAUAGCCAAACGAAUGGAUUUCAAAAACUGGAAGAAUAUGCUAAGAUUUGCCGAACUACAAAGUUCACUUAAUUGCCAUUUGAAUGAGCUCGAAACUAUGGCUUCGAAGAUAUUGACCAAAGAUAUUUAUUCAAGAGAAGAUGUUUUAAAUGAACUCGAAAUUUCUGAAGACGAAUUCGAAAAUGAUUGCCUCACUCCAAAUACACGAAAGAUGAGUCUCUUUAAAUUACGUCAGAGGGCGCUUCAUGUUAUACAAGAAUCACUCAGAGUGCAAAUUUUCCGUUCAACUUGUGAGUCCACAAUGACGUGGGGUAAAAUAGACACACUUUCGAAACUUAUGCAACAGUCACAUGGUAGUUUGAAAAAUCUUUAUGAAUGCUCCCAUCCGGAUUUGGACAGAUUGAUUGAUAUUUCAGAGGAAGCUGGAGUCGGAGCUCGAUUGACUGGAGCAGGUUGGGGCGGAUGCAUUGUAGCUUUAUGUGACUCUGUUCAGUCUUCCAAUAAGUACAUAGAACUACUUAAGUUGAAAUAUUAUUCAAAAUUGUCGAAAGUUCAACAAAGCAAUUUGGAAAAUGUUAUUUUCGCUACUUUCCCACAAAAUGGAGCUGAGAUAUUAAUGGCAGGUUCCAAUGAUAUUCCCUCGAAAAUAUAGAUUUUAAAACUAAUUAUUGUAAAGAUAUUAAAAAUGGUAUUAUAAUAUUUUGAAAAUUUGUAUUUAAGAAAAAAUGGUAAAGCUUACCUACACUUUUAAGUUUGUUCGAUCCAUUUGAAAUCUUAAAGAUUAAAGAAAGUUAUUUGUUUUCACCA